UCUAAAGAGGCUGCAUGCAUGCCAGGACUUAUCAGCCAUCAUCCAUCUUCGUCUUCGUCAUCAUCAUCAUCGAAUUCAUCAAGAACUCAUACGAGUGGUGGAAAGGGCGGCCGGAAUUUUGAAAGACGGUAUUCGAAGAUAGCCGAUAACUUUGAGUGCUUGGAACAGGUUACUGAGGCUCUUGCACAAGCUGGUCUUGAAUCUUCAAAUCUCAUUGUUGGUAUAGAUUUCACAAAGAGCAAUGAAUGGAGUGGUAAACACUCUUUCAACAAUCAAAGCUUGCAUCAUAUUAGUUCCUCUUAUAAUCCUUAUGAACAGGCCAUUUCGAUUGUUGGCCGCACUUUGUCGCCUUUUGAUGAGGAUGACUUAAUACCAUGUUUCGGCUUUGGUGAUGCAACAACUCAUGAUCAAAAUGUCUUUGAUUUCAAUCCUGAUUUGAGACCAUGCCAUGGAUUUUCAGAGGCUUUAUCACGCUAUCGAGAAAUCAUUCCUCAUUUGCAAUUAUCCGGACCAACAUCUUUUGCUCCUAUAAUUGAGAAAGCAAUGGAUAUUGUGGCACAUAGUGGAGGACAAUAUCAUAUUUUACUGAUUAUUGCUGAUGGACAGGUUACGAGAAGUAUAAAUACCAGGAAUGGCCAAUUAAGUUCUCAAGAACAGAAGACUAUUGAUGCAAUUGUAAAAGCUAGUGAAUUUCCUUUGUCAAUAAUUUUGGUCGGAGUUGGUGAUGGUCCAUGGGGCAUGAUGAAGGAAUUUGAUGACAAUAUACCAAACAGAUUAUUUGAUAAUUUUCAAUUUGUAAAUUUUACCGAAAUUAUGGUAAAAAAAAUACCUCAAAACCGAAAAGAGACCGAAUUUGCGCUUGCAGCAUUAAUGGAAAUACCAUUACAAUAUAAAGCAACAAUUGAGCUUGGCAUCCUAGGUAGGAAUUUUGGUACAAAAUCUCAAAAAAGUGCUGCUCUCCCUCCACCAAAUGCUUCACAAGAUAAUUGUCAUGUUUGCCCGGUGUGCUUAAUAGAGCCAAAAAACAUGGCGUUCGGAUGUGGGCACCAGACAUGCUUUGAUUGUGGAAAAGCACUCAAGUCGUGCCCUAUUUGUCGUAGCUCAAUUCAGACAAGAAUAAAACUUUAUUAG